UGAACACAUCCUUUUCUCGAUAAACGUCAAUUUUUUCACAUUUUUUUUUUUUCAGAGCUCAUCUGUAUUUUGAAGUCUGUGAAGAAAAUUUGUGCUAAAGAAAUUUUCAACCAACAAGAAUGUUGCGAUCAGCCGCUACCAAGUUUUCCGGAGUUCUCCGCAGCUCAAUGGGCUUGACUGCCACCCGUAUGUCUGCCAUCGGAGCCGUUCGUAUGUCUCACGAUUCCAGUGAAACUGACGAACAAUUCGACAAACGCUACGAGGAUUACUUCAACCGUCCCGACAUUGAUGGCUGGGAGAUCCGCAAGGGCAUGAACGAUUUGCUCGGUAUGGAUUUGGUCCCAGAUCCAAAAAUCAUCAUUGCUGGCUUGAAGGCCUGCCGUCGCGUCAACGAUUAUGCUUUGGCUGCUCGUUGGGUCGAGGGAUGCAAGGAAAAGUGCGGUGACAAAACUGCCGAAGUCUAUCCAUAUUUGUUGAGCGAAAUUAGGCCAACAUUGACCGAACUUGGUGUUAACACACCCGAGGAAUUGGGCUACGAUCAACCACAAUUGGCAUUGAAGUCUGUUUAUGAUAUGUAAUUUAAUUGUUUUAAAAUAAAAAAAGAAAAUGUUUGUAGAACUAUAUUACCUGAAUAAAUAACAAAAUGGUAUUUCCUCCAAAAACAA